GAAGAAACAAAGAGGCUACACUUCAGCUUUUAUAAACUCUAGAGAGAUUAUUUAGCGAACACGACACAACUCCUGCCUUUAUUCAUUAUAUCCUGGCUCCUGACUGUCAAUUCCUCUGUGAAAGCGAUCAGGAAUAGCGGACUUUUAACGUGUUCAUAUGUAAACAGGCCUGAUGGAGGAGACACACCGUCAUGAGAAAAUGAGUGAAAAAACUGACUCACUGAAGAGAAAAGACAAGAAAAAGUUCACCUGCACUCAGUGUGGAAUAAGUCUGGCAAAGAAACAUGGUCUCGAGUAUCACAUGAGGAUUCACAAUGGAGAGAGACCAUUCACAUGUACUCAGUGUGGGAUGACUUUCAGACACUCAUCAAACCUUAGUAGACACAUGAUGAUCCACACUGGAGAGAAACCAUACACAUGUUCUCAGUGUGGGGAGAUUUUCAGACACUCAUCAUCCCUUAGUAAACACAUGUUGAUCCACACUGGAGAGAAAAGACACAAGUGUGAUCAGUGCUGCAAAACAUUUUUGAUGGCAUCAGGGCUGAGGAGACACCUUGGAGUUCAUACAAAGGAGAAGCCUUAUUCAUGCACUGUGUGUGGAAAGAGUUUCACACGUCAAAAUCAUUUAGGAAUUCAUCAGAAGAUCCACACCGGUGUGAGGGAGUACAUGUGCUUUAAGUGUGUGAAAACCUUUCGUACGGCUGAACAAUUGAAAGCACAUGAGAGAACUCACACUGGAGAGAAACCUUACAUUUGUUCACACUGCAACAAGAGAUUUGCUUAUUCAGGAGCUCUGAAAAGACAUGAGAGGAUGCACGCUGCAGAGAAACCGUACAAGUGUUCACACUGUGACAAGAGAUUCAGCUUUUCAGAAAAUCUGAAAAGACAUGAGAGGGUUCACACAGGAGAGAAACCUUAUAAGUGUUCACACUGUGACAAGAGAUUCGGUGGUUUCGGAAACCUGAAAAGCCAUGAAAGGGUUCACACUGGAGAAAAACCUUACAAGUGUUCACACUGCGACAAGAGAUUCAGUUUUUCAGAAAAUCUGAAAAGACACGUGAAGAUUCACACUAGAGAGAAACCUUGUAACCUUGGGGGUGAAAAAGUCACCACAUAAACAGCAUAUCUGCUUUGUUGCUGUUUAGAUGAUUAAUUCACACGCAGGUGAUAAUUGUAUGAAGAACACAACGACCCACUCAACAUCCAAGUUAACUCCAGAACAAAUGGACAAACACAAACUUUCUUCCAGACAGAAAUAAAUCCUUUCUGAAUUUCAUAUAUUACAAAUCAAGAGAUCAUCGUCAAAACGAUAAUAGCAAACUUUUAAUUUUGACACACUUGAGAUUUUGAGAACCAAGUUGGGGCACCACUGGUUUAGAUCAUAGGUCUCAAACUUCUGGAGGGCUGCAGCUCUGCACAGUUUUGCUCCAACCCUAAUAACACAGAGCUGAUCCAACUAAUCAAGGCGUUCAAAAGAGUCAUGAAAACCUUCAUUAGUUAGAUCAGCUGUGUUUGAUCAGGGUUAGAGCUAAACUGUGCAGAGCUGCGGCCCUCCAUGAACUGAGUUUGAGACAUAUGGUUUAGAUGAUGACACUAUGCUAUCCGAACCAUCCCCAGGCCUGUUUCCCGGAUCGAUUGAGAAGUGUGAGUGCUGUGAAUCAAGCUCAGGCGUGGUUUAGUUGGCCGGCCCUGGCUCCGUUGGAAGAGGUGUGCCAGAGUGCAGUUGACUUGUUCUCAGGUGCCUGAGCCCGAGCCUGAAGACGAGAUGUGACUUUUAAGGGACUAUUUCAAAUGGAUUUAUUAAUCGUUCUUACUGUUUAAUGAACAUGAACUGUUGUAGUUUAUUAAAAACGCAAACCCCUCACUGCAUGACAGCAGCACCUUUAGCAAACCUCCUAAUUCCUGAAGCACGAGGAGUUUAUGAUUGUUUAUGAGCAUCAAAAUGGCUGAUCUGUUCGGCGAAAUAUGUGACUGCGUGUCGCUGCAUCCCAAACGACUAAAACGAUAUGACUAAAGAAAUCUCCACUGUGCUGAGCGAGAGCGCUUCUUACUGAACAGCGCAUAAUCGAUGACGUAAGCAUGCUCGGGCUCGAAUGCAAUGUGAGUGCAAGCUGUCGACGGAGAUGGGAGGGGGGACAAGCGUGCUUCGGCCCAGUUCAAGGCAACUGUACAUAGUGUGAGUACACCUUUAAUGUACCUUUUACCGAGACUAAGUUUGAUACUUGCGGUCUCUUGCUGUUUGAAAAGAGUGCUGAUAUAGUUCACUGAGGUUCCAGUUAAUCUUUGCUGAAGUUGGUUGAUGAGAGAGAACCAGUUUGCAUCCAAGAAUCUUUGAUGAAUUUAUAGACAAAGCCGGAGCCUGGCACAGCUUGGGGUGUGGUUGGAGAAGACUUGGGUCUACAUCUUCCACUGUGAUCCCUGGUUGAUCGGAAGAACUCUCUGGGUGGUGGCCUUGGUCACUACCUUUUAUAAGGAUGGUGUUGUACCACCCAGGAGCUGAGGCGACCAAUAAGAAGUUUUCCUUCCCAUGAAAACUUUUACGCUUCUUUGUUCCUAAGUUUGGUGAUUUGCAUAUGCAUUCUGGGUGAAAUUAGCUCUGCAUGGACAUCAAACACAAACUAUUUAUGAUUUUGUU